GGCCCAGAGAAAUGAAUUUUUCUGGAGGUCACACAGCUACUGGAGUACAAGCAGAUGUGACUGCUGCUUCGUAUUGUCUCUAAGAAACUAAAGGGACAGUCAGAGCUCUCUGCUCACUCUGGGUACCAUGAAACCCCUGAUCAUCGUGCAGGAAUCAUUUAAGUAGAAUCUGGCCCAGAUGUAACACUCUGACAGCUCUAGGCAGAUGCCCCUGUUGCUUGCCUCUCUCCCCUAUCAGCCUUAAUAAUCAAAAUGUGCUGUCAUUUCAGUUAGUAAGUUAAUGAUUGCAUGCACGACUUUGUGUAGGUAGCACAAAGCUCUGUCCUGUUGUGUUUGAGGGAGACCUGGGUUCUUUGUCUCUCCUUCUUUCUCUCACAGUCGCACUUCCUCCAGCCCAUUCUUGUCCCAGAGAUCCACAGAAUCUGUCCUCACCAAGGUCCCUGAUCAUAUUCCUUUUCCCUUUAUGGCUCAGGCCUUCGCUGACUACCCUCUAUGUAAACUCUACUUCCCACACAUUCUGUCCCGUGCCUUAUUUGUUUUCUUCAGAGCGUUUACCAUCAUUUAAUAGACACUUAGUGUUUUGCUCCUCCACUUUGUAUAGUAUCUGCCUUCUCUCUUAGGUUGAGCUCCAGGAGGCAGGGAUUUGCAUCCAUUUUGUUCACUGUUUGAUACAAAGCACCUAGAACAGUGUCCAGCACAUGGUAGUUUCUCCAUAAAUAUAUAUCCAGUUACUGAGUGACCAAAUCAUUCUGGAACUCCUGAAAUCUUCUCUGGUCACUCCUCAGCUCCUUCAAGCCGCUUUCUGCCUCUAAUAACCCAAAAAGUGAUAGUGUUCUCAAGUCUCCACUGGGAGAAUGAUAUAGCUUAAGUGGUAGAGUGCAGGCUUAGCAUGUCCGAGGUCCUGGGUACAAUCCCCAGUACCUCCUACAACAAUUAAAUAUGUAAACCUGAUUACCUAUACCCAUCAGAUAAUAUUAUAAAAUACCUCAGAGACAUGUCAGGUCUCCAUCAUCAUUGGCUUGUUUUCUCAUUCUAUUCACUGUGUGCAUCAUGUUGGCAAGUUUGUUCUAGGGUUCAUCUGAGUAUAACUAAGAGAGCGCACAUAAGGUACCUUUAUCCAGCCUUGGCACAGUAGACUAGUAGUUAUUAAAAACAUACAAAACAUAGAAAAUUGAUAUAAGUUCCACAAGCAAAAAUCUCACAUGCACGUGACUUGUGUGACCAUGAGAGGUGAGCUGUGUUCUACUGAGUUGUUGCUCUGGGUUACAGCUUCCCAUGGCAUCUGGACCCAGCAUGAUGAACCCUGUCUGUCUGGUGGAAAGACAGAACAGCCAGAUGACAGUAAAUCCAAAUGCACUGAAGAUUCUCGACCAGAUAUCUCAGCCUGUGGUGGUGGUGGCCAUUGUAGGGCCAUAUCGGACGGGAAAGUCCUACUUGAUGAACCGCCUGGUGGGACAGAACCAUGGUUUCUCUCUGGGAUCUACGGUGAGGGCUGAAACGAAGGGCAUCUGGAUGUGGUGUGUGCCCCACCCCUCCAAGGAGAGCCACACCCUGGUCCUUCUGGACACCGAAGGCCUCGGUGACGUGGAAAAGGGUGACUCCAAGAUCGACUCGUGGACCUUCACCCUGGCCGUGCUUCUGAGCAGCUGCUUUGUCUACAACAGCAUGAGCACCAUCAACCACCAGGCCCUGGAGCAGCUGCACUAUGUGACCGAACUUACUAAUCUGAUCAGGACAAAAUCCCCGUGCAGCUCUGAUGAUGGAGAGGACUCAGCUGAUUUUGUGAGUUUCUUUCCCGACUUCGUGUGGACUGUGCGAGAUUUCAUGCUGGAGCUGGAGUUUGAUGGACACCCCAUUACUGAAGAUGAGUACCUGGAGAAUGCCUUGAGGUUGAUUCCAGGCAAUGAUCCCCAAAUCCAAAAUUCCAACAUGCCCAGAGAGAUGAUCAGGAGUUUCUUUCCAAAACGGAAGUGCUUUGUCUUUCACCGGCCUGUCACCUCCAGAAAACUAUUAGUCCAUAUGGAGGAUGUGCCAGAUGACCAACUGGAUGAGAGUUUUCAGAUGCAGUGCCAGGAUUUCUGUUCCUAUAUCUUCACCCAUGCAAAAUCCAAGACCCUAGGAGAGGGGAUCACGGUCAACGGGGCAGGGCUUGGGACGCUGGCGGUGGCCUAUGUGGACACCAUCAACAGUGGGGCAGUUCCUUGUUUGGAGAACGCAGUGAUGACUCUGGCGGAGCAUGAGAACUCAGCGGCUGUGGAGAAGGCAUCCGCACACUACAGCGAGCAGAUGGCCCAGCGCGUGACCCUCCCCACGGACACGCUGCAGGGGCUGCUGGAGGUGCACGCAGCCUGCGAGAGGGAAGCCAUCGCAGUCUUCAUGGAGCACUCCUUCAAGGAUGACAAGCGGGAGUUCCAGAAGAAGCUUGUGGUCAACAUCCAAAAAAAGAAGGAAGAAUUCUUGGUGCAGAAUGAAGAGGUCUCUGUCAAAUACUGUCAGGCUGAGCUUCAGAAGCUUUCAGAGCCCUUGAUGGAAGGUUUUAAGGAAGGAACUUUCUUUGCUCCUGGAGGACACAAGCUCUACUUAGAAACAAGGGACAAGCUGGAACAGGGCUAUAUGCUGGUGCCCGGGAAAGGGGUCAAGGCAAAUGAGGUCCUUCACAGCUUCCUGCAGUCCCAAGCAGGAGUGGAGGAAGCCAUCCUGAAAGCAGACAAAUCCAUCACUGAUUGGGAGAAUGCCAUGGCAGUUGAACGUGCCCAGAAGGAGGCCGCUGAGAGGGAACAAGAAUUGCUAAAGGAGAAACUGAAUGAGCAACAGCAAAAACUGGAGAUGCAGGAGCGAAGCAUGAAGGAGAAUCUAGCUCAGCUGGAAGAGAAGAUGGAUAGGGAGAGAGAAGACCUUCUGAGACAGCAGGACCGUUUGCUGGAGCACAUGCUGAAGAUGCAAAGAGAACUACUUAGAGAUGGAUUUAAAAAGAAAGCUAAGGCAUUAACUACUCAAAUAAAUAAACUAAAAGAAAACAUUCAAAGAACCAGAAACAAGUCAAUAGUGGCCCAAGUUGCGGCGAGCUUUGCAUUACUUACCUUGUUCCUGGUCAUUAAAAAGUAGCUGGUUUGGGGCUGAAAAUGCUCAGUGAGACUUCUAAAAGGCCUUAGAAUUCCUCUUAAGUAUAUUUUGGAAGAUUUCUUAUGUUUGAAUAGAGUAACAGUUUAGCUCAUUUAAAAUAUAUGUGUCAUGGUACAUUCGUUCAAGGAAAAUUUAAAAAUAAAAAAUGAUUACCAAAGAGAUACUGAAGUUAUUACCAGGGCUUGAUGUCAAAAAGAACAAAAAAUGGAUUGAAUUAGUUAAUUUGAAGAGAUGUAAAAGAAGCUGGAAGACAAUGAUGAGUUAUAGAAAACCUUUAAGAAAAGCAAAACAACAAACAGUAAGAGGACGUACGUUCGCCGUCGGUGAUACCAGCACAGAGGUCACCUGUUUAAACUAUAACAAGCCCUUAUGACUCAGUGAGGAGAGAGCAACAAACACAUUUUUUAAAAUCAGCAAAAAUAUGUGAAGAGAAUAAAAGUGUUUAAUUUCACUGACUCUCUGUGCAGAAGAGAUGAAAAAGAUUAUACUGUACAGCACAGGGAAACAGAUACAUGACCUUGUGGUACCUCACAGUGAAAACAAAUGUAACCAUGAAUAUAUGUAUGCCGUGUAUAACUGAGAAAUUGUGCUCUAAACUGGAAUUUGACACAAAAUGCAAAAUGAUUAUAACUCAAUAAAAAGAAUGUUAAAAAAAACCCUUCACUCACUCUAAAAUAUGCACAAAGUAAAAUUACCGAGUACGUGUGUCAGCUCUCAGAUGGGCCAGAAAUUCUUGGUUUGCCAUGACACUGGCGGGCAAGGGUUCCAGGAAUCCAGUGGUGUUUGAUCUCCACCAGGGAGAAUGCCAACAGUGCCAAUGUACAUCCAACUUUUAAAUUCAAAUACUGUUGUUCCAGCAAGACAGCAUUUGGGAAUUCAUUUUAUAGAUUUUUUGACCCAAAUUUAAAAUGGCAUAUGUAGUAGUCUGUUUGUUGCAAGACUGUUGAAAUUCCACAAGACUAGAAACAACUUACAAGUGUUGUCACAUACUGGGGAGGUCAGUCCCCAGACACAUGUACAAAGGACUACUCUGCACUCACUGAAAUGAAAGAGGAGCUUGAUUUGUGCUAACAGGGGGAAUAUCCAAGGUGUAUCUUUCAUAAGUAGAAAAAAUAAAUAUGCAGGAAGCGUGU